AUGGAUAUACCUAUUGGAUUGAUAUUCUUCAACAGUGAGUUUGUAGCCAACACUUCGGCUCCUUUGUUCUGGACAUUCAUUGAACGAGUGCAAUCGGACGCAGCUACAGACAUCACCACAGACCAAGGUAUGGCCAAGGAAUCACGCACAAUCACUGAACGUAUUGUGCUGGCGCAUUCAAAGCCUGGCCAGGCCGAGCGCCGGUUGCUGCAAACACAACGAACCAACACCUCUCACGAGACAUGUGACCAUGCGGCGGCGUUGCUAGGCAACGAGACUCUGCCGUUGCUCAAACUGUCGUUGGCUAUCAGAGAGUUCUCGCCCGCAGUGGAACUGUUCAAUUCUAAGGCAAAGCAGACACUCCAGCACAUUCACCAGACCCUGUCCACAGAGACCGGACAAUGCACAGCCUUUGCGGUGACAGACGAGCGGAUAUUCUGUGCCGCAGAGGAACUCACAUCACAUCUGAACGAACACACACCACAGACAAA